GGCGUUGGCAACACUGCACAUUAAUUUAAUUUCGCUUCGCGCUUGCAACACAGCUCUCUUUUCAUUGUCAAGCAAGAUGGCGGAUCAGACAGAGAAAGCGUUUCAGAAGCAGGCUACGGUCUUCCUCAACAAGAAGGGGGGACUGAAGAGGAAAGACAUGAGACAUUCAAAGAAUGUCGGUCUUGGAUUUAAGACUCCACGUGAGGCGAUUGAAGGCACAUACAUCGACAAGAAGUGCCCGUUCACCGGCAACGUGUCGAUCCGUGGUCGUAUCCUCACCGGAGUCGUGCAGAAGAUGAAGAUGCAGCGCACGAUCGUCAUCCGCAGAGACUACCUACAUUACCUACCUAAAUACAACAGAUUCGAGAAGCGACACAGGAACAUGUCGGUCCAUCUGUCGCCAUGCUUCAGGGAUGUGGAGUUGGGAGACAUUGUGACCAUCGGCGAGUGCCGGCCGCUCUCCAAGACCAUUCGUUUCAACGUUUUGAAAGUCACGAAGGGCAAGGGCUCCAAGAAAUCCUUUAAGAAGUUCUAAAUAAACUUAUGAUUAAGUA